UCCUUGCAGCUUCUCUCAGCUUCUCAAACAAGAUGGCGGCGCUACGAGUCGCGGUGCUAUCGGGGACCGGGAGAGCCCUGCUCGGGUCGCCGAGGACCAUCAAGCCGUCCAAGGCCAACAUGUCCUUUGCCAGUUUGCCCCGGAACAAGAAGCUCGCCCUCACAACGCUGGGUGUGGUCACGGCUGGGGGGGCGGGGCUCGCUCUGAUGCUGCACCAGGCCGUCAAAGCCUCUGACCUGGAGCUCCACCCUCCUCAGUACCCCUGGAGCCACGCCGGACCUCUGUCCUCUCUGGACCACGCCAGUAUUCGCCGUGGUUACCAGGUGUAUAAGCAGGUGUGUUCAGCCUGCCACAGUAUGGAGUACCUGGCCUUCAGAAACCUGAUAGGAGUGUCGCACACAGAGGAGGAGGUCAAGGUCAUCGCUGAGGAGGUUGAGGUGGUGGACGGUCCUGAUGAGAGCGGAGAGAUGUUCACUCGACAAGGAAAGGCGUCGGACUACUUCCCUAAGCCCUACUCCAACCCCGAGGCGGCUCGGGCUGCCAACAACGGAGCGCUGCCUCCGGACCUCAGCUACAUCAUCAGUGCAAGACACGGAGGAGAGGACUACGUGUUCAGCCUGCUGACAGGAUACUGUGAGCCUCCCGCUGGAGUGGAUGUGAGGGAGGGGCUCUACUACAACCCCUACUUCCCCGGCCAGGCCAUCGGCAUGGCCCCUCCCAUCUACAACGAGGUCCUGGAGUUUGAGGACGGAACCCCUGCCAGCAUGAGCCAGGUUGCUAAGGACGUCUGCACCUUCCUGAGGUGGGCCGCCGAGCCGGAGCACGACCAACGCAAACGCAUGGGACUGAAGCUGCUGUUGGGCUCAGCCAUCGUCAUCCCUUUGCUCUACUACAUGAAGAGACACAGGUGGUCUGUGCUGAAGAGCAGAAAGAUCGCCUACAAGCUUCCUAAGUAAACCAACACCCCCCCACCCGGUCUGGGCCUAAAACUUACCAGAAGAGAAGGCUGCGUUCAAAGACCCCACAACAUUCACCUCACAACGAUCUAACGGACACAGGACAACUGACGCACACAUGCCUUUUUAAGAGCAGAACGAGAUAUAAGGGUAUAAAUAUAUAGUACGAGUAUUCUGCCUUUUUUAGUUGUCGGCAUGGGAGAACGGGUUGUCAGAUUCAUCUUUAUCUAGUGGUGCAGGUUUGUGUCAGAGAGUUGUGGCGUUCUUGAACGCACCCAGUAUGUGUUUGUUUGAUCUGCAUUGAGUCGCCACUGGGACCAGUUCCCGUCUCAAUAUCACUUUGUCACUCUCGAGUGAUGCUUCAACGAUUGCCCGUCUUUGUAUCUUUGUAAGAUACUCGGUAACCACGCGAACGAGUUAAAUGGUUAAAGUUUCAAACAUCCUGGCUGUAUGUAUUUCCAUGCUCCUCUGUCCUCUACACAAAGGCACUCGGUGGAGAAAACACAACCUCUGAUUCUCUGUUUUAAUGUACAAAAUAAAUUAUGUUAAAUGAAA